GUUUGAGAAGAAGCUUGGCAGAUCAAGCAAACAAGAAAGAAACACAUAUAUAUAUUAUAUAACUCCUUAGCAGAAGAAGCUAGGGAGAAGAAAACAUGGCUUCCUCCAUGAUCUCCGCCCCUGCUUUCACCACCGUUAACCGUGCCUCCCCAGCACAGGCGAACAUGGUGGCUCCAUUCAGUGGCCUGAAAUCCUUGGGUGGCUUCCCAGUCACCAGAAAGACCAACGACAUCACCUCUGUCGCUAACAACGGCGGAAGAGUCCAAUGCAUGCAGGUAUGGCCACCACUUGGGAAGAAGAAGUUCGAGACUCUUUCAUACUUGCCAGACCUGAACGAAGAGCAAUUGAGAAAGGAAGUAGACUACCUUCUAAGGAAGGGAUGGGUUCCGUGCUUGGAAUUCGAAGUCGGGUACGGAUUUCCAUACCGUGAGAACCACAGGUCACCGGGAUACUAUGACGGAAGGUACUGGACAAUGUGGAAGCUUCCCAUGUUUGGAUGCACCGACUCAGGUCAGGUCAUCAAGGAACUUCAGGAGGCUAAGGCUGCAUACCCCAAGGCAUUCGUCCGUAUCAUCGGAUUCGACAACGUUCGCCAAGUGCAGUGCAUCAGCUUCAUCGCUUACAAGCCAGAGGGCUACUAAAUCUUAUAAAACGAACGAAUCAUUCGUAGAUCUCUCUUUUGUUGGUGGCUUUGUGCUUAACCGUUUGUAACAACCCUGCUUUUGCUUUCUUUUCUAUUUUUUUCUCUUUUUGAUAUUUCAUCCUCUGCACUUUGAUUUCCGUUGUGGAAUAAUAAACUGUUUUUUUAA